UCCGGGAUUUCUGCUGGCUGCGGCUGGCGUGAGGACGGCGGGCAGCCGCGGCCGAGGAAAGAAGAGAGACGUGGCAGCAGGCCGGGAAUCGGAGAUAGUGUCCUCGGUUCGGUAAAGUUUCUGUUCUCUGAUUUGGGGAUAUUCCCUGCCCAAAAAUUUCCUGGAAAAUUGACUAGUAUUAAGUGUGAGUAAAAGGUGUCCACUUUUUUUAAGUUUUGACUUUAGUUUUGUCUUGGAUAGUAUUUGGCAAGAUUUAGCCUAGAAAUUAUGUAGUAAUUAUUACAUAAAAAUCAAAAUUGCUUUGUUAUUGGGCUGGUUUCAAAAAUUUGGAAAAGUAAUUUCUGUGUAUCAUACCUUAAUUUUUAAAAAAUUUUUUGAUUCUUAAAUGGUAGUUGUACCAUUAUAAAGUGAAAUUUCAAUCACAAAGUUUACCCUUUUACCAACUUAAAGUAAAUGGAUAAUUUCCAAGUCUUUAGCUAUAGCCAUCCAUAGUAAAGAAUUUGGAUCUAGACCUCAUAGACAGGCCUUUGCAGGGCCAGUAUCAAAUUUCAUGCCAGUGAUGCUGAUGCUGAUAGAAAAGAGGAAAGGUGUCCCACAGAUAGGAAAAACCUUCCUUUAGAUUCACAGUGUCUCCUCAGAAUGGCUAUAACGCUGCUCUGCCUUCUCCAGUUGACUGCACCACUCUGUAGUUACUCUGUAACUAUACGUUUAUAUCUGUUUUGGUUAAACACCCAAUGAUGAUGGUGAUGAUUAUGAUGAUGAUAGUGAUAGUACAUCCAUCUGUGUCAUGCACAUUGAUAGAUGUGGGGGAUUUUCCUUUAUUUUGUGGGCUGGGCAAAAUUUAGUGUCACAUUAACCUUAUGGUACUUUGGUAUAAAACUAUAUUCACUAUUUUUAUAAUGAAUCCAAAUCUAAAGGCUUUUAGAAUAUAUUUUAAAGGAGGAAACUUAACCCAGAUGUUUUAUUUCUACACAAUUGUGUGUAUAUGUGUGCGUGUGUACAAGCCAAUUAGUGUGUGUGUAUAUUAUAUACAUAAAAGCUUUAUAUUUUUACAUAUAGUAUGCUCUUAUUAUACAGAUAAUAAAGAUGGGGGAAGGUUUCUGUUUUUUUCUUAAUAGGUGAAGAAAUCUUGAAGACCAGAAAUUGGAUCUUAUUGAAUUUUGGUGUUUUUUUUUUUCUUCCCUUUUUUUCCUUUUCUUUUUGCAUUUUUUUUUCUUUUCAAAUUAUAUUGUUCGGCUAUGGAAGAUGGAUUUUUUUUUUAAUGCUUUGAAUCGCAAGUUCAUCUUUGAAUGAACUUUUUUGUUUUUGUUUUUGAGGAGAUAACUAAUGGUAGCUGUCUCCAGUCUGACAAAGGUUAUUCAAAUGGACUUAAUCUUCCAGUAGUUGGGAGAUGUUUUAAAACACACCCUGUGUUUCAAUUGUGGCUGAGAGGUCCUUGGCAGUGUGACGAGGAAAGUGCUUUCUGCCUCAUUAUUAUUAAUUCAUGGAUUGAGUGUUGGUUCGACCUACAGGCGUAAUAGAUUGGAACUCAGUGAAGACACAGAUGUUCCUGUUGAGAGCAACCAGCUAAUGGUUAUGUUUAAAGACGAUUUCUGUGAUUGAGUUGUCAUUCGGAAGAUUAAACCCAUUUCAAGAGAACUUUGAGCUGGUCCUUACUUUUGGAAGCAGUGGCUUAUUUCAAGGAGCCACUUCUGGUCAAGAUUGUACCCAGCAUGCCUAACCAAGGAGAAGACUGCUAUUUUUUUUUCUAUUCGACGUGUACCAAAGGUGACAGCUGCCCGUUCCGUCACUGUGAAGCUGCAUUAGGAAAUGAAACUGUUUGCACAUUAUGGCAAGAAGGGCGCUGUUUUCGACAGGUGUGCAGGUUUCGCCACAUGGAGAUUGAUAAAAAACGCAGUGAAAUUCCUUGUUACUGGGAAAAUCAGCCUAUGGGAUGUCAAAAAUUAAAUUGUGCUUUCCAUCACAACAGAGGACGCUAUGUUGAAGGCCUCUUCCUACCUCCAAGCAAAACUGUGUUGCCCACUGUGCCAGAGUCACCAGAAGAGGAAGUGAAGGCUAGUCAGCUCACAGUUCAGCAGAACAAACUGUCUGUGCAGUCUAACCCCUCCCCUCAGCUGAGGAGCGUGAUGAAAGUAGAAAGUUCUGAAAAUGUGCCAAGCCCUACACAUCCACCAGUGGUCAUCAAUGCUGCAGAUGAUGAUGAAGAUGAUGAUGAUCAGUUUUCUGAGGAGGGCGAUGAAACCAAAACACCCCCCAUGCAGCCAACUCCUGAAGUCCAUAAUGGAUUACGAAUGGCUUCUGCCCGGAAACCUGGAGCAAAUUUGAAGCAAGGUGAAUGUUUGAAUUUUGGAAUAAAAACUCUUGAGGAAAUUAAAUCAAAGAAAAUGAAGGAAAAAUCCAAGAAGCAAGGUGAAGGUUCUUCAGGAGUUUCCAGUCUUUUACUCCAGCCUCAGCCCAUUCCAGGUCCUGAAAAAGAGAAUGUUCGGACUGUGGUGAGGACAGUAACUAUGUCAAGCAAACAAGGAGAAGAGCCCUUGGUUAGAUUGAGUCUUACUGAAAGAUUGGGGAAACGAAAGUUUUCAGGUGGUGACAAUGAUCCCCCAUUAAAGAGGAGCUUAGCACAGAGGCUUGGGAAGAAAGUGGAGGUGCCAGACACUAACCCUGACAAAACACAAAAGAAAGUUCAAGUUUCCAAGUCUCUAAAGGAACGUUUAGGCAUGUCAGCUGGUUCAAACAGCGAGGAGACAACAGAGAGAGUUAGUAAAGCUGGUGAAAUCCAUGUUAAAACAUUAGAAGAAAUUCUUCUUGAAAGAGCCAGUCAAAAACGUGGAGAACUACAAACUAAGCUCAAGACAGAAGGGCCUUCAAAAGCUGAUGAUUCUACUUCAGGAACAAGAAGCUCCUCCGCUGUCCGAAUUAAAACUUUCUCUGAGGUCCUAGCUGAAAAAAAGCAUCGGCAGCAGGAAACAGAGAGACAAAAAUGCAAAAAGGAUGCAACUUGCAUCAAACUAAAGACUGACACUGACGGAAAAAAGCCAGUGGUUUUGCCACAGGUGGUUGUCAGCACAGGACAAUCGGAGGAGGUUGCAGGGAGAGCACGGUCCAUGCAGGAGGUGCACAUUAAGACACUGGAGGAGAUUAAGCUGGAGAAGGCACUGAGGGCGCAACAGAACUCGGAGAGCAGUGCCAGCUCCCCACCUCUACCGGAGGCCACCUCCACAGCCAGGCGUCUGCUCCGAAUCACCAAAAGAACAGGUACAAAAGAAGAGAAGAGACUUCAGGAAGGAAGUGAAGCUGCUUCUCAGAGCAGUGUGACUGUGGCAGAGGCUAAUGAGGCACCAGAUGACUCCACUGGAGUUCCGGCCAAGAGAUGUGAGACCCUGAGAGAGAAACUCGUGCAGAAACAGCAGGAGAGGGGAGCCUCACACCAGGAGAAGUCUGUCCUCACGCCCCUCCGGGGCGAUGUCGCCUCUUGCAAUACCCACAUGGAGAAGCCAGUGCUCACUGCUGCGGUAGGCAUCGGCCGGCACCUGACCAAGCGGUUUCCCACAAAGCCAUCCCAGAAAGGGGAGGUAGAAACCUCUGGGAUUGGGGACUCCAUAUUGAAUGUGAAAUGCGCAGCACAGACCUUGGAGAAAAGGGGUAAAGCUAAACCCAAAGUAAACGUGAAGCCAUCUGUAGUCAAAGUUACUUCACCUCCCAAGCUGGCGCCGAAACGCAAGGCAGCAGAGGUCCACCCUGCCGUCAUUGCCGCCGUGAAGCCGCUCACCUCAAGCAGCGUCCUGCAGGAGAGUCCAGCCAAGAAAGCAGCCGUGGCCGUUGUCCCGCUCCUUCCUGAGGACACUGUUGUCCCCAUACCUGAGACAGAAAAACCUAAAGACAGUUUCGUGCUGCCUCCAACCCAGUCUUCUUCAGAGCCCUCACCCCCAGAAGUAUCUGGCCCUUCGUCAUCCCAGGUAGCCACAAAGACUCGCCGACUCAGCUCUACCUCCUCAGGAAAGCCCCCUCUUUGUGUGGAGGAUGAUUUUGAGAAACUGAUAUGGGAGAUUUCUGGUGGCAAGUUAGAAGCAGAGAUUGACCUGGAUCCCGGGAAGGAUGAAGAUGACCUUCUGCUGGAGCUCUCAGAGAUGAUUGACAGCUGAAGGUGGUGUGUGACGCUUAAAAAAAAAAAGUCACCAAAAACUGGACUUGGUUUCAUCUAUUACAUCAUUUACCUGAGAUGAUUUCUUUAAUCUCAAACUUUUCCCUAAUCAGAAGUAUACCUCUGAACUGUCUGUAUGUGUUCUGAAUUCCAUGGGGUCAGUUUUUCCAAGUCCCUUGAUAAGCAUUUCAUUGAGCAUCUUAGAGAAGAAGUUCUGCAGUGCCCUUCUCCACAGCAACAGCCUGAAGGCAAGCCGGAUGAAAAGGGUGUGAGAACUUGGUGACUCCUUGAGGUGUUUGUUAGUUCUGCCUGUUCCCUUCAUUGUAUUUUUCCUUUUUUGUGUUGUCUUAACAUAUUUAAUGUUAUCUGAGUUUGAAAUGGAUGAAGAUGGCUGCUACCAUUGUGGACCAAAUUUCAUGCUACCACUAAAAAAAAAAAAAGAAAGAAAAACACCAAGUCUGUGUUAAAUUGUAUGUGUUUUUAAAGGUAUUUGGAGAUUCGUCCAAGCUUUAAAGAGGGCUGAGCAGCUCAAGAACCUGCAGUAUGGGCAUAUGACCUGGUUCUAAUGCGUCAGCUGCUCUGAGAGCCCCAGAAGAGCAAUAGCUAACUUAUUAUUACUGUAAUUUUUUAAAGGCUUUAAAGUGCCUCCAGGGUCCUAAACUGAUUUUCUACUUCUGAGAUCCGCUGGAUUCUUUAUAAGAGAUGGCGAUAGGAUUUAGAGGAUCUCUUUUUUAGUAUGAGAACUGUCCCUUCAAUACUUGCCUCCUACUGGCAUGGAAUCAUCACAGGGACAAAAAGUAAUAAAUGUUUUUAUUUUGAAGUCUCCCAGAAAACUCUGCUUGCCCAGUAUUUCAUUGGUGCCCUUUAGCACUGGAGGAGAAAACCAGUGAACUCAAGCUGCCAAUAUUUCUGGCCCUCGCCAGUACACUGAAUUGUACUGUAGCAGGGAUAUUGAGCUCUGGGGGGUGUAUUGUAUGCCUUCCAGUUUUCUUAAUUUGGCAAUUGACUUCUCUUUUGUUGAUAUUGGUCUCCUUCAUAUCACCUCAAGGUUUAGACUUGUGAAGGAACAAAUAUGAUGGGGUAGUGGUCUUGAAAGGAGACGUGUUGUACAUAACCUGGAAGAGGAAAGAAGGCCCUGUCCAUUUUGAUACUGUGCUGUAGGUGGCCGGUUUUAUUUCUCGUGGGGAAAUCUGAACCACCUGUCACGUUGGCUCCUAAGGAACUGCUGUUGUAAGCGGCUCAUCGAGAGCUGACCUUCAUUGUAGCCUUGUUGGGAAUAUGGAAAAGGAAGAAAGCCACAGGACUGCUCAUUCAGUCUUGGGAAGAUCUGGAUGAUUCUGCACAAGCAAAAAUGACUUGAAAUAUAUGUAUAGACACAUCUCUACCAGUCCAUCUUCAGCCGACUGAAUGUUGUGUGAUAGCCCCUCUCGAAAGCAGGGGCGGAAUGCAGAGUUCACAAACGCAUUGCAGUUUGGGAAUCCGCAUAGAGAUCCCAAGUUCUGUUUGUAUAUAACCUUAUUCUUCGACUUUUUGAAAGGUUAAUUUUUGUUUCUAUAUUUAAAGCCCUUGUAUUAUUAGUCAAUGAUUCAUGUUCAGCAUUAUUGGAACCAUUUGCCAUUACAGAAAGAGAAAUACUUAUUUGUGUUUUAAUAAAACUGGUGUAGGAAAGUCUUGA